AUGGCACAGCACGCCUUCAACCAGUUUGGCGGCGGCCAAAGUACGGGCGGCGCUGGUGGCAGCGUUGACCCGAACGACCUGGCCAUGUCCGGAACAUACGCUCCGUCCUAUUCCAACAACUUCAACGGAAAUAACAAUUCCUCCAAUUUCUUCGGCGAUGACGAGUUACUCGACACCCUCGGUAGCCCGACCGAUCCCAUGCCUAACCAGCCCGGCAUGCACAACCAAGGCCAGGAUUUCGGUGGCAUGAACGAGAUGAACAUGGGUUUCUCGCAGGGCGUGUAUGGCCACCAAGGCAACCAUAACAUACAGAUGGACCAGCCUCAUAUGAACGGAUAUUCCAACACUCCCGAUGGUGACCCUAUUCAGAGCCCAUUUGUGCACAGCUUCAACCAGGCGCAAUUCCACCAAAUGCAACAGCAACAUCAGCAGCAAUUUGGAACCUCCCUCCAGUCGCCAAUAUCCUACUCCGGCUCCCCUUUGACUGGCUCUGACAUGAACAACGAGGGCAGCGACCCCAAUUACCUGAACACCAAGUCGCGCCCUCAGCUUUCCCAUACUAUGCAGCGCAAGGCUUCAAAUACCCGCAGCCCGCUUACGCCUAAGACUGCAGCCGCCAUGUCUAACUUGACUGUGAGCUCUCGGGAACAACCAGGAUUCGGUGCGCAACCGAUACGAACUACAAACGGCCACCACGAGAAAUCCCCUUCGGCUCAAUGGAUGCAUACGCCAAACAGCAUGUCUUCUUUCCCCGGAUCCGGUUUCUCUUCACCAAUGCAGCAUGGCAUGCAGAAUCCGCAGAUUGCAGAUGUAUUGCUCAAGGGCGGCACCUCUAUGCCUGCAAAAUUAAACACGCCGCCCAAUACGGUUUCCUCGCAGGAGAUGAAGAGGAAGCGACGUCGAGAAUCUCACAACCUUGUCGAGCGACGACGCCGUGACAAUAUCAACGAGAGGAUCCAGGACCUUAGCAAGCUUGUUCCUCCACACCGUCUGGAAGACGAGAAGAUCCGGAAGCUGAUACAAAACGGGACACCACUCUCUCCUAGUUUGACCGGGAUCUCUCACCCGGCACAGGCUACAUCAGGAUUGGCCGGACCGGGAGCGAAACGUGCUACUGGUGUCGGCAACAUCACCACCGGCCUCCCUCUCGAAGAAAAGGACAAGGGUCCCAACAAGGGGGACAUUCUCAACGGCGCAGUUAGCUGGACGAGAGACCUUAUGUGGAUGUUACAUCUUAAGCUUCAACAACAAGAAGAGCUUAUCAACACUAUAGUGGAACUCGGCGGCAGUGUUCCCCUCGAGCUCACAGAAGAUGAGAAGCGUAUGCAAACUGAGCUGAUGGAGGCUAUGACCAAAAACGGGCCGCAUACUUUCUCAUACUCUCGCUUUGCGGGAUCAGGUCUCCGAGUACCUCAACAUACCGACUACAGAGGUGACUCCGUGAAUGGAUCAGACAGUGCGAUCGCUGGCACUUCAGUAAGUCCCGACGGGCAGGACACUGUGGAUCUUGUGGGGGAUAUGGGGGACGCUGGCCAAUUUUGGAACGACCCGGAUGAUGACGGCUCUGGUCCAGCGUCGAUCAAUUUCAAGGAAGAGGAUGAAUUCGGAAUGGACCUCUCCCAUGAUUAA